AUGACGCCGUUUAGGUUACUUGACCUGGCGGCCGAGCUGCGCAAUAGGAUCUACGAAGAGUCGCUGACCCACGAUCGCGACCGCGGCUGCACUGCAAAUGUGGCAUUGCUGAGAGUCUCGAAGCAAGUGCAUGCCGAAGCAAAGGGCAUCUUUCGCGAGCUCAGCACUUUCACGAUCACAGUUACACCUGGAACGGCUCACUAUGAAUAUGGCAUCGAAUUCAAGGGCGAUCUGACGGCAAGCAUCCCAGAAGAACGAUCUUCGGCGCUGCGCAUUCAUGAGCUCUUGACACGACAGAUUCUUCGAACCCCGAGAGUCAAGAUCAACCUGCGCCUUGUCGACUACAGUCAUGACACACGCAUCAAGAUUUUCCUAAACCAGGAGGGGGCGAACCGGCUCCUGUACGCGUUGGUGCACCUGCUGAACUCCGACAUAUCGAAGAGGAAGCUUACCGUCACUUGGUAUGAUGCUCGGCACGGCUCUUCCGACAUCUCCUUUGAGGACAUUGUUCGGCCACUGUGGCUGCUGCAGCAGAACAGCGACCUCGAAUUGAUCGACAUGCCUCAAGAGUAUGAGAAGGUCUGUCGGGCCAAACUCGAGAAGCGCACGACAGUGAUUCACGAUCCGAUAAAUCCAAUCGAGAUUCACAACAACCAGGGCAAAAGCUUACGGGCGUACUUGGAUCAGAACAGAGCGGUUGAGUUUCCUCGCUCCGUGGCGUGGGCGACCGAGUACUGUUUGAAACAACUCGAAUUCAUCUUGCAGGACGAGUUGGACUUCAUGGACGCAUACUGCGACUUUGAAGUGGUCACGGCUUCCAUUUGCAUAGAAGCCAUGGCAAUCUACUGCAAGGUAGGUGGUCACGAGGACUCCGCAAACGUUCUCAAAGCACGGCAAUGUCUGCAGCGAUGCUUCUCGGUCGUUCGCGAAGACUUUCACGAUGUGGACUCUUUUUGGUCCGACGAACUCAAGAUGGAAGCUCUUGCCAGCAUCACCACCACCACAUCACAGAAUAUUGCAUGGAGACCCAUCACCGCGACGAUGGCUCCAUUCAGGUUCAUCGACUUGCCGCCCGAAAUGCGCAAUCGUGUCUACGAGGAAUCACUCCUCCACGAUCGCGAAAAUGGACAUCUCGCGACUCUCGGCCUCCUCACAGUGUGCAAGCAAAUUUAUGCUGAAGCCAAGGGCAUCUUCUAUGGUCUCAGUACCUUCACCGUCAACAUGAGGCCAGAAAAUGCAGUGCACCUUGAUGGAAUGUCAGGUCGCCUGAUGUUGACGGGUGACAUUGAUGCCGACCUUGACGUCAAUAUCGACAUUCGCCCAAUGGUAUUUCACAGUCCGUCUACCAUUUACGAGUCUUGGGAAGAGGCAGGCAACCGUUUCCUUUGCGCGAUGGCCCACCAUCUGAACUCAGACAAAUCGAAGUGUAAACUUGUGGUCGAUGUGCGCGACAGGGAAUCACUUGUAGCGGAGGAAUUCUCCGACCUGCGGUCGUCAUUAAAUGUGCUACAUCCUCGGAUCGACCUGGAGCUUCGCGGCAUACUUCGUCAUCUUCAGCCAGACCUCGACUACCGCACGGAAGUACUUGAGGAAUCUGUGGACCCGGCCAUGUCAUACCUGGCGCGCAACGAAAAGAUGGUGCAGACGCUAAGCAAGUAUGAAUCAAUGCUAAGGCACCAAGUGAGUUUGAAGAAAGCGGCAUUCGACUGCUUAGCAUACCUGGCAAUCAGUUUGUGUAACUCGAACGAGAGGGAGUAUACACAUAUCAACUACUUGAUGCAUAUUCAUGCGAUCGCUCUCGAGGCACUCUACAUUGUCCUCCACCACGAUACACAAGAGCAUCUCGAUGAUGGAAAGCUCUCACUGCGAAGAUUGUUUCCUAUGCGGCAGGAACUACGCUACUCCAAAUGUGCCAAUACCUUCUGCUUGCAAGUGCUUACGCCUCUUUCCGGGCUCUUGGAUAUCAGCAGAGACGAAUGCGCCCGGCGUCGCAGCUUCUUCCACAGCUCUUGCCUCUCGCCUCUCUUCUUCUUCGACACCGCGACAAACACCACCACGAAUACCAUGAACACCACAUCUCUUCCGUUUCGCCAACGCGCCGCCAUCAUGAAGCCGUUCCGAUUCCUCGACCUCUCUCCGGAGCUGCGCAAUCACAUUCAUGAGUUGGCGCUCUUCCACGAUCGCGACGGCAGGUUCACUGCCAAUACCUCUCUACUGCGAGUCUGCAAGAAGAUACACUCCGAGACCAAGGAGAUGGUCAACGAGCUCGACACCUUCGCCUUCACAGCGGCUCCCAUCAUUCAGAACCGGCGCGAGUGCUCGCUCAUCAUGAAGGGCGACAUCCACACCAAAGUCGCGAAGAAGCAGUGCUCGAUCCUCGACAUCUACGAGCUCUUCCCCAAGGUCAUGCUCAAGAACCGGCACUACGCUGAGCGCUCAGGGCUUCUGUGCGCGGCUCGCUUCCUCUACGCUUUGGUCCACUUCCUCAACUCGGAUGGCGGUUCGCGGUCGCUGCACAUCAUCUGUUACAACGACGCCGAGCACGCCGAGGAACUCGACCAAGGCGAACUCCAUGUCGUCUUUAAGCAGCUCUGGACUCUUCGACCACAGGUCAGCUUGUCGUGCGUCGGACUUUGCGAGGGCACUGUCCAUUUCCUGAAGCGCUUGGCGCCCGUCGCGCGGAUGGAUCGCGGCAGCGGACUAUUCAAUCCCAUCGACAUCUACCUCAAGCACGCACCCCUCGUGAGCAGCCUCAAAGGCGAGCUAAACGGCGUGCACGACUCGGCGGACGGGGCACUCUCCAAACUCCUCAAGUUCCUCCAAGACUCGAGCGUCGGAGAGAACCGGGCUGACGAUGUCUGCAAGUUCCAGAAAGAGCAGUUCAACAUCGAAGUCCUCGCCAUGGGCAUCGAGGCGAUAGCCAUCAUCACCGAGAUCGUGGACGACGAAGGCUCCGAUUACAUGGCACUCGCACAGGAUUUCUUCGCUCGUGCUACCCUGGUGCGAAACCCGUUCGACCUCGUCGGUGAUAGGAACGGAGACCGGUUGAGGAAGCUCAAGAGACGCCUCUUGGGAGAUUUCUGCUACGCCUUGGGCAUGGACUUGGACGAGUUGCUUCAGUAG